AUGGCUCUGUGCGCUCCCAUCAUCACAACACCGGGGAGGGAGGAGAGGAGCUGUUUGCAUAGUGAACCAGAGGCUCUCAUUCAUCCAGCUGCUGCACCGGGACCACAGCUGGCUCAGCCCAACAGCCUCCUCACUGUGUCCGCGACCGCUCUGCGCUACGCACAGUCAUGCUUUUGACGCGCAGGUGAACUUCUACUCGCCUCGUCUCUCCUCCGAUCGCAACAGGGAAAAGUAACAGCAGCCCGAGCAGAUCGCCCGUCUCUUCCACACUUCUCCUCUUCGCCUUUUCUCCUCUCCCCGGGGCUUGAACAGGUCAUAGGGGCCAUGUCCAGGAAGAAGGGGGUGAAAGGAAAAGGGGGCGCCAAGAGCCCCAAGGCGUCGCCGAGCAACAGCGCCGGGAGGACGGGGAAAGGUCUGGGCGCCGCUGCCGCUCCGUCCUCCGGACUGGUUUACCCCAGCAGACCGUCGAUCAGCAACAGCGGAGAGUUUUACGACAUCGCCUUCAAGGUGAUGUUGGUGGGGGAUUCAGGUGUGGGGAAGACCUGUCUGCUGGUUCGCUUCAAAGAUGGAGCCUUUCUAGCCGGGAGCUUCAUCUCUACUGUGGGCAUCGACUUCAGGAAUAAAGUUAUGAGCCUUGAUGCUGUGAAGGUCAAACUGCAGAUAUGGGACACCGCUGGGCAGGAGCGUUUCCGGAGUGUCACACAUGCCUACUACCGCGACGCUCACGCUCUACUCCUUCUGUAUGACGUCACUAACAAAGCAUCCUUCGACAACAUCCGGGCGUGGUUGACAGAGAUCCAUGAGUACGCUCAGCAGGACGUGGUCCUCAUGCUGCUGGGCAACAAGGCCGACUCCACACACGACAGGGCGGUGAAGCGGGAGGAGGGAGAGAAACUGGCAAAGGAGUUUGGAGUGCCCUAUAUGGAGACGAGCGCCAGAACUGGACUGAAUGUGGAGCUGGCCUUCACUGCUGUGGCCAAAGAACUGAAGCACAGGACCAUGAAGGAGCCUGACCAGCCAAAGUUCCAGCUUCAGGAGUACGUCGACCAGGAAAUGAGGACGGUUGGAUGCUGCCGCUCGUAGACCACAUGCCAUCUGUGUGUGUGUGUGUGUGUGUGUGUGUUUGUGUGUGAGGGAGGGAACGUGUGUGUUCUGUUAAGAAUAUGUAUUAAAUCUGAGUUUGUGUGUCUGGGAAUAAUCAUGGAUUCUCAGUGUUUGUAAUAUUUAUUUUUGUGGUGAUACUGCCAAUACGCUCUCUCUCCCAACCCACCUGUCCUCUGCAACUGUGAAUGUAAUAUAAAUUCCUAUCAGCAUGCAUGUUUAUACACACGCAACCUUGUACUUCUAUCUUAGUAAGGACACUUAUUAUUGUAAUGCAGUCCCUAAUCCUAACAUCCCCUCAUGCUCAUUCAAAACACCACAUUCUUAUCUCAACCCAACCAUAACCACUUGCACACAAUGCGUACGCCUAAUUACCUCGGUGGGAAACAAAGACAAUACUUGUCAAUCAAUAAGGACACAGGAUGCUGCAUCUUGUUAAGCCCUAUGAGAAAAAUUUUGAUUUUUGAAUAUGGGCUAUAUAAAAGAAAAAAAUGUGGUGAAACCUUGAGGUCAGAAGUUUAGAUCCCUCAUUUGGAGUUACUAAAGAAAAUAGCUCCCUGAGGUCAUAAUGCCUUCCCCAACUGUCCUAAACCUAACCACUGGUUCAAGAAGCCGUCCGGUAACUGGGGAGUUGUAUGCUCUAAAAGGUCUCGACAAAAGAUUUCAGUACAAGUAUACACACACACACACCUGUUAAAUCCAUUCUGUGCCAUUUUCCAUAAGCGUGACAAUGUACAUAUUUCCUAUGUAAUUUUACUUUUGUGUGCCGAAAUGUUUGUAAACGCCCGUCUUGUUGAAACUCAAGUAUAUGGACACAGACAUGUUAAAUAUUGAAUCAAUCUUAAUGUAAUAGAAAUAGAUCUGAUGAACAUGUUUUUACGGAUACAGUUCUGCUCCUGAUGUUAAACAGUCAAAUGGCACUGUGUGCUGUUUUUGUACAGGAUGAAAUAUAACCGUUUUUAAUACUAUAUCCUAGUGUAAAAUUUCUUUUAAGCUCUUUGACAUUUGUCCAGUUUGAGUUGAAAGCUUUGAUGUGUUCCAUUUAAUAAGCAUACAUCUCUCUGUCAUUGCAUGUAGGUGUUCACUGACCACUUCUGUACUUUGCAUUUUACUUUUUGGGGAGAAAUCUGCCGUGUUGCAUUAUGGGAAAUAAGGGGAAGAUAUUGCUGCUCACUGUAACUCAAGGUGUUUUUCUGGAUCUUUCGUUAUCAGUUAUUUGAUGCGUCAAAUCCACGAAGUCAGUGAAAGGUGGCGAAAAGCCUCAAAGAAAGACCUUGCAUUUAUUUUUUGUUAAUAUUGCUGUUGUUUAUAUAUUGUACAUUAUUCUCCAGUUGUGUAUAUAUCACAGUAAAUUUUAAACCAAGAGAAAGAGUUUAAUAUCAGUUGAUUCAAUAUAUAUAUCACAAUAAAUUUGUUUUAGUUCAAAGAUUUUUAAGAUUAGGGUUUUAAAAUAUUAUUUAUAAGCAGAUCACCAUGCUCUCACAAUGAAUCAGCUAUAUAUAUUUAACUUUUGUUAUAAUUUUAUUGAUAAUUAUAUUGAUAUAAUCCUUUUUCUCAUCUUUAAUCACCCGGCUCUGGUUCAUUUUAUGUCAUCAUUAUAACUGUGCUGAUCUAAUGUUGUGAGCUGAAAGAUGUUGCUGUUGUUUGUCGUAUUCAGGGACGAAGAAAGACGGAGGAUUCACGAGCAGAGGUUGCUUUGAUUAAAAACAGAUUUUAUUUAUUUUUGUCAGAUGUUUUAUCGUAGCUGGUUCUGCCGAUGUUAAAAAGAAUACACAUUUUAUUUGAAAAUCCUGUAAAUAAAGCUUCAAAAUGCUUAAAUUUAAUUCAAA